AUGACGACCACGGUGAACGCGACGCCCCAGGCGGUCAUGUCGCUGGUCACGAAGCUGUCGGAAUCAGACCCCGACUAUCGCUUCAUGGCCCUGAAUGAUCUGAUUGCUCUUUUCGAGAAAGGAAAACCCGACUUUCUCCACCAUGACUACAAUGUUGCUGCCCGCACUGUCGACAGCAUCAUCAGGACUCUAGAUGACCAGAACGGCGAGGUCCAGAACCUGGCGAUCAAAUCUCUCGGCCCGCUCGUUACCAGAGUGCCUUCCAACAUUAUCGCCCCCAUGCUCGAGAAGCUCUCGUCGAUAAAGCUUAGAAACUCUGUCGACAAUGCGGUUCCGUCGCUGGCCCUCCGGGCCGCCAUCAUGUCGCUGCCCCGCCCAACACCCGGCGUGCCUGUCACAAGGGAUGUCCAGGAAGCAUACACAGCCGUCAGCCGUGUCCUGAUACCCCGCAUGGUCGGUCCCGGCAAGCUUCAGCCCUCACAAUCCAAGGUUCCUCUCCCGAACAUGCCGGAAGGCAUUCUGCAGAGCGACGCGGACCUGAAUGCUGAGUCGGUAGACGUGCUUAUUGAGAUUGUGAGAUCGUUCGGUCCAAUGCUCCUGCCCGCCGAAAUCGACGCCAUGCAGGACACAGUCAUCAGCAUUCUCGAGCACGACCGCGGCUCAUCCGUGGUCAAGAAGAGGGCCGUGGUGGCUGUGUCCAUCCUCGCGUCACAUCUGUCGGAGCAGCUCCUCGAGCAGAUGGUCUCUAGGAUGGCUGCUGUUCUUGCGAAGCCCGACAUCUCCGCCGUCACCCGCCGAUUGUACAUCACCAUCAGCGGCUCGGUCGCUCGUUCGACCCCCCACCGCUUUGGACCACACUUGCAAACCCUCGCACCGUUCCUGUUCAAGGCUCUGGGCGAGGAGGAGCUCGCCGAGCACCUCGAGGCCAUCAGUGAUGGCGACGACUUGGGCCAGGACUUUAACGAUGUCCGAGAGGCUGCGCUGACCGCCUUGGAAGCCUUCCUUGCCUCAUGCCCGGCCCAGAUGGAGGCUUUUACAAAUGAAACGAUAAUCGCCACUCUUCGCUUCCUCCGAUAUGAUCCCAACUCGGCUGUGGAUGAUGACGAAGAAGAGAUGGAUGUUGAUGAGGAAGAUGAUUUUGAAGACGAAGAAGACUUUGACAUGGGAGGCGAGUUUGACGAUGACGACGAUGCCAGCUGGAAGGAGCGCGAGGAAAAUGUACGCCUCGAGAUCAUCAGCUGUUUGGCCCUCCUCGUGCGUAAGACGGGUGAGGAUCUCUACCCAGGUUCUGCCUGGAACCUCGACAACCCCGAUGACGAAGCCCCUAGCCAAGCCCCCAUCAACAGGAAACGGAGACGACAGAGCAGUGUGGCCGAACCCGGCGCUGCGUCUCCGGUGCUCGAAAAGGCCCCUGCCACUGGACCUCGUGCCGACCUCGUGCGCCUCACUCCCAGUAUUGUGAAGGCAUCAAACAAACUUCUCAAGGGCAAGGUCAUUUCGACCAAGCAGGCCAUUUUCAGCCUGUUUGACGAUAUUGUCAAGGUACAGCGUGGAGGUCUGUCUGAUUACUUUGGUGAUAUCAUGGGGCCUACCAUUGAAGCGGUCAAGUCCACUGGUUCCGCCGGGCUUCUCAUCUUCCCUGGCAGCAGCUGGGAGGCAGCGCAUCCGCCACACCGGGAACUCUCCGCGUUGCUUCCCUUCGGCUCGUCACUCGUUGCCGCUGUUGUUGCCGCUGUCAACGAUCGCUUCUACAAAAUUUCGUGCGAGGCCAUGAGGACUGUGGAAGAACUCGUGAGGAACAUCACCCCUCCACGUUCUGGAGUCAAUGCGCAAAAGUUCAAGUCGGAGCUUCAGAGCCUGUAUGAUAUUAUUUUCAAUCGCAUUACACAGGCUGGAGUCGACACGGAGGUCCGCCAGCGGGCUAUUCAAGCUCUUGGUGUGCUGCUGGCGCGCACCAUCAGCUCAGAGGGCUCAAGCCUCAUCCCGGCCGAGAAGCGACGGGCGGCAAUGGACGUGCUGGCUGACAGGGUCAAGAGCGAGACGACGAGGCUCGCAAGCGUUCGCGCCAUCGACACCAUCGCUUCCUACACAACAAGCCCGGGUCAACUCGAGAAGUCAUGGAUCCAAGACGUCGCGCUGGAGCUCGCGGCACAGCUCCGAAAAUCCAACCGAGCCCUGCGCACUUCUAGUAUUCAGGGUCUGAAGCAUCUCGUUUCGUCUCCCACGAGCAAAGGCCAACUGGAGCCCGAGACGAUCAAGGGUCUGGUCUCUUCGCUCGGUUCCGUUGUCAGCAACAACGAUACCCACCUCCUAGCACCGGCACUUCUCGUGCUGGCGCAACUGGUUGAAGAGAAUGCAGCGUUGGUCAUGACACCCGAAAUGACGAACACGCUCUGCGAGCUGCUUAAGUCUGCGUACGCGAGCAUUGCAUUGGACCAGCUCCUGAUCCUCGUGAACAAGGUCGGCGAGAGCGGUACCGGACAGCCACUGAUGAACGGUCUAUUGCAAACGGUUAGUAUCGAGGGCGACCCCGUCGUGGUUGGCAAGGUCAUCGGCACCCUGCUCGUGGCUAGUGGCAAAUCGACAGGGGUGACGCUCGACAGCUUCAUCUCGGAGCUUCAGACGAGCUCGCAGACCAAAGACGAUGCGCGCGUCAGCCUCGCGCUGGCCGUGCUGGGCGAGGCAGGCCUGCGCCUCGGGGCCAAGUCGCCUCUGCAGCCAGACCUGUUCCUGAAGCAGUUCCAUGGCGAGCCCGACAACGUGUCGAUGGCCGCUGCCGUGGCUCUCGGUCGCGCCGGCUCGGGCCAUGUCGCACAGUACCUGCCGGUCAUUCUGGAGACGAUGAAGAAGGGCGGCAACACGCAGUAUCUGCUGAUCCAGUCGAUCAAGGAGAUUCUCCACCUGAUCACGGCGCAGUCGGUGGACAUUCGACAGUACGCUGAGCCCAUCUGGCAGCAGCUCUUGGCGGCCUCGACAAACCCGGAGAACACGGUCGUGUGCGCAGAGUGCGUGGGCAGGCUGGUCAUUGUCGACCCUAAGACGUACAUGCCGGCGCUGCAGUCGCUCCUCAAGGACAGCUCAUCGGGUGUUCGCGGCAUGGCGGUGCAGGCGGUGCGGUAUACGCUGCCCGACAGUGACGACGCGCUCGACGCCAUGUUCCGGGACGUGCUCCUGGAGAUGCUGCUGACGAUGCUGGACGACGCCAAGAUGGACAACCGGCGGCUGGCCAUGUCGACGCUCAACUCGGCGGCACACAACAAGCCGGACCUCAUCCUGCCGCACCUGGGGCAGCUGAUGCCGUUUGUGCUGGUCGAGUCCAAGGUCAAGCCGGAGCUGAUCCGCGAGGUGCAGAUGGGGCCGUUCAAGCACUACGUGGACGACGGGAUCGAGGUGCGCAAGAGCGCGUACGAGAUGCUGUACGCUCUUAUGGAGACGGCGUACGCGCGGAUCAACAAGCUCGACCUCUACGACCGGAUCAUUGCGGGACUCAAGGACGACAAUGACAUUCGGGCGCUGUGCAACCUCAUGGUGACGAAGCUCGUGGUCAUGGACCCCGAAGAGACGACGCGGCGGCUCGACGCGCUGGCCGAGGCGUACCGCGGGGUGCUCGCAACGAAGCUCAAGGAGGGAUCGGUCAAGCAGGAGGUGGAGAAGCAGCAAGAGGCCAACCGUAGCGUGCUCCGGGUGACGCUGCUGCUCGCCGACCGGAUCACGCGAGCGACGGGUGGGGGCGUGUCGACGGCGACGGCGAUGGCGACGGCGACAACACCAGCAGGAGGCCAGGGUGCGUCGGGCACGGGUUCGAGCGCGACGUGGGACGCAUACUGGGAGUGGGUCAACAAGGACUUUCAGCCUCAGUUGAAGCAGCUGCGGGAGGAGAGCGAGCUGCACCGGGCGAAGCACGUGUGA